CCGCGUACCGAUCCACGCGCGGCCCGAGCCUGCUGCGGGCAAGCGCCGGGGUCCCUGCGGGACUGAAUUGCGCCGCGUCUCCAGGCGACCCUCCGUGGCCGGCGAGCCUCGCGGCGAUCUACGUUCGCGAUCAGCGGCACGUUUCGCCGUGCACCACGUGGUUCCACCGUCGGACGUGGCGAUCCUAUCGCUCGCGACGCCGCACAUCUGGUGUAGAUCGCGUGUUACACGCCGAGCAAGGGUCGGUUCGUGGCCCGCGUGGCCCGUGUUGUUGCCCGAAAGAGUUCGCGAGAAUCCGUUCAAUUAUGAAAACGGACGGAAGACGCCGCGAUUGAGGCUCUUGUGUCUCGUCUCGCACAGGCCUGCGACCUAUCUUUGAGCUUUGGGUAUCUAGUAGGCGUCUUCUUCCGGAGGAAACUCGAUCAAAGCUCGCGGCGCGUUCGUCCGGCUCGAGAGGAAUUCACGCUCCAGCUGGACAGAAGCGUGGAUUAGUUCCUCGCAUGUGACACUGCCAAGAUAUCCUUCAUCAUAGAGAGACCCGCGUCACGUGGCCUAAGAGAGAAACGAUUCGUGAAGCGAACGCGCUGCCUGAAGACGACUCGCGGAAAAGACUCACGCGGAUGUAACGUGGCUGCCGAGCCGACGCCGAAUGCGACUGAUCAACGAGUGUGGAUGCUGAAAGUCUGGCGAAAGUGUCCGGAGGAUACGAGCGAGAGCUCGCCGAGUGUUCUCGAGGCGGAAGUAGUGUGUCAUCUCGCGGUGGAUGAUCGCUCGAGUGAGAAUCGCGGAAGAAUCGCCUUGUGAUGAAGUGAAAGAUCCAGUCGGUUGUGUGAGGUGGCAGCGAAUGAGCGCAGUGUUGUUAGUGAAACGAAUCCGGAUCCGCCGUCCUAAUCGUUGAAGCCGGUCGAUCUGCACGGAUCGCCCGCACGUCCUACCUGUUUUGGAUUACCCUGUACAAACACGAAACGUCGUGGAUUCGCGCCCUUCGUCGCUACGGCGAGCACGUGAAUCGCCCCUUAAAGCGGGGAUCGAUCGGGCCACUUGCGUACGAAACGUGGACUGAUAAAUUGAAUCGCUCGUGAAAUAUGCGGGGAAUGCAGAGAAGACACGCGAACCUUAUUAUCCGAGACAACGGACACAUUAGUGAAGUUACGCUCGCGUGAAGUUCAUGGGAUCAGGUCGUCGGCCUAUUCUUCGUCAGGAGCGUCCAUCGACCAGCCGUGACCAAGAUUGCUAACAAAAAGCGAAAACGGGAAAGUUCCCUUCUACAAAGUUCGGAAGAAUCAAGACAGCUCAAUCAAAAGAUGUACAGAGAAGCGUGGGUGGAAAAUCAAAGUCAGAUUAUUACCGUGAGAUAUAACAUUUGGAAGAAUUUACAUAGGGCCGCCGUGUUCUCAAUCAAUAUCGAGAUAAUCAAAAGUCUACGUUUGUAAUUAGGAGGAUACAUCGCGAGAGCAUACACAAAACACACACACACAUAUACAGAGAAGUGUAUGUAUACGUACGUUGCUCUUAAUAAAUCGGGGGAAGAAUGAGGAAACACUGUUAUCGGAAGAAUGAGCCUUUUCGGACCUGAGCAGUCCCUUAUAACGAACAAAGUGAGAUUGACGACGAGGGAAGAAGAUAACUCUCGUAUGUAACGAGAUCGUUCGACAUCGGCGAGUGUUUACGAAAGAGCGUGGAGAAACAAGAAAGAGGAACACUUCACCGUCGUAAUCUCGUUCCGUCGCGGAAGAUAUCAGCGGGCGAGUCGACUGGAACGCCACGCGCAGGGUCAGCGACUUCCAUCGAUUAUUGUCCACGAUUAUUCGCCGCACUCGUAUAACGCAGCGAACAAACGCGCACCGUCGUCGCGGUUGUCUAUGUGAAAGCAGAAACCAACGGAAAUAUAAUCCCUACAGAAAAAGGCUCGUCGGCAACGAAUCACAGUACAUCUUGACUGAGGCAACCAUCGAAACGACAGAGGAAAAGAAUCCGGAAUUUGGCGGGGACGUCGCACGAGAUCGACGGUUACAUGCUUCGAGCUGACCCAACGCGAGCACGGAGGCGUAGAAACGCAACCCGCGGUGGCUGCGUUCCGGCUGGCGUCUGAGCUUUUUGGCAGCGUCUUCUAUUAAAUCGUCACAGUGUGCGGAUUGGGGCGCAUCCUCGGCUACAUCGGCGGACGACCGUCGGUGGGGGCCACCAACAUGUCACAGUCGGGAUCGGGUGGGCUGAGCGACGCUCAAGGGCAGGCCGGGCAGACGACGGACAAUCAGCAGAUCACUUGCCAAAACGGUCGCGCCGAGCCGUUGGCUGAUACCGCCAAGCAGGACCUCUCCAACGGCUUCGAGAAUCGAACGAUGGACUAUGAGCGAUUUACUCAGGAACGAACGCAGCACGCUCCGCUUACGGGACAAACUCAAGAUCAGCAGUCCCAGCAGGUUCCACAGCAGCAGCAAUCAGUAGCGCCACCGCCGCCGACGCAGCAACAACAAUCUGUUCACCCGAUAGCUCAAUAUCCGUCGGGGAGGAGGCAGUCCGUGGGAUUGCCAGAGGACAAGCAUCCUCCGAUGGGUCAGCUGCCACCUCCGCCAUAUGGCCAAGAUAAAAGCAACGUGGAUAGGGUUCAGUACAUGUCCCAGACGAGCACUCAGACGGUGCCGGUGCAGGCGCAACCGCAAUUCGCUCCUGAUUACGAUCAGAGUCAGUAUCCACAGAUACGCGGGCAGUUCGACGUGAGGUCGCAGAUCUACCCUCAAACGCAAUACUCCGACAGAGCCGGCUAUGUCACGAGAGAUGUGACCUACCGCGACCCGAGCCUCUAUAGCCAAAGUGGCGCGACUAAUCCGAUCUUUAGCGGCCAAGGUCAAUACGUCACGGUUCAGCAGAUACCGUCGCAAUCCGCGAGCCCCCAGCCUCCCCCGUACUUCUCAAGCGUAGUCGUGCCGCAGCCACCGAGCUACGCUCAGUUCGGCACGCAGCCGCAAUAUCCCUACAGCCAGUACCCACAAACGGUAAUGAAUGCGGUGCCGUACAACCCGCACGCGGCUGGCAUCUAUUCUACACAGCAAUACGGCCAACAGUCGCCAAAUCCGCAGAGGUUCUCGCAGGAGAUCGGCCAGUAUCCGACGCAGCCGAUCAUCCAGCCGAUCGCUCAGAACGUGGGGCACGGGAUCGCGAUUCAGACGACGGAGCGACCCUGCCGCGGACCGAAGCCGAUGGUGCCUCCCCGCGGCAAUUCCAAAAUCACCCAUGAUCCGGGCCACAGAAAGUCCGCCAGCGUCGACGUGCCGGCGCUGCAGAAGGCCAAGUAUGAGGCAACCGCGACUGCGCAGCAGGAUCCGAUUCACCGCAGCGACGGCGCUAUUUUAAUGACGGGCGCGUCUAUUGGGCCGGAUGGGCCGGACAGAAGAUACAUAACUACGAUCAAUCAGAAUCCCAGGACCAGACAAGAUGGACUGUACGUGGACACCAACGGCGACCAGUCGGGCAGGGAGAAACUGGUCGACACGAUCGCCACCGAGUGCGGUCUGUAUGUGUCGAGGUCGGAGCACAGAAAGUCUAUAUCGGUCGACGUGACCACCAGCUUCCAAAGGCGCAACGACACGAUAACUUUCACGUUCCCGGGCGAUGGUAAUCAAGAGAUCAUAUCGGGAAGGAAAACCACUACUGUGGUGGACGCUAAGAGAAUCGAGACUAAUCAAGUGUUCCCCGCCGAGCAGAGGAGACUGGAUGCGGGCUUGCGGGUGUCGCCUAUGGCCUUUGACACGAGACAGGAAAAUAGGAAGAGUAUAGGGGCGGACAGGAAGCCCGAAUGGGGCAACGUGAGUCCGAAUCAGAGGAACGCCAUCCCGUCGGAGAACAGACGGUCGGAUUAUUUCGAGGAGCACCGGAGAUCGCCCAUGAAUCUCGAAGGCAAGAGAAUAGAGGACGUGAGGAGAUCACCUAUGCCCUUUGUGCCGAUACGCGAAACCUCCGUCGACCGUGGAGGCCAGAAGAGUCCCUCCUUCGUCAGCCAAAACUUCGAGAAGACCAGACAGGAGCUGGCGAUAUGGGCGGAACAACGUCAACGACAGGAGCACGAGAGGAGCAUGAUGCAAGGUCAAAUAUUUACCACAAGCCCGCGUUCGCGUAAUCCGUCGGAGGAGAGGAGAGACAUCAGGUCGAUUCACCCGCCAGAUGAUCGCAAAGACUCGAGAAUGUCUCAAUCGGCCUUUCAGCCGAUUCCUAACAUCAGCCAGAGCACCAUAAUGGAGCAACGUCGACACCUAAGACACGUUAGUGCCGAUCUGACAAAGCACAUGGAGCUCACGAGGAAGGACUUCGAGGAACAGCCUAUCACGGGUUCCGUGGUGAACCUGGCACCAGCGGCUAGCGCCGUCUCGUCGCAGAGAGCGAGUCCGAAUCUUUGUCACCAGUACCCGGCUCUUAGCGAAGCUAAACUAGACACGAAGACCGUGUUGACCGUGGUGACGGAUUUCGGCGAGAACAUGACGAACACCAGCAAGCCGACCGACCAAGUCGACCAUAUAAUCCACAGCCAUCGCAAGAGCCACAAUAUCUCGUCCAAUCUGCUCACUCACAGCAAGAGUCAAACAGAGAACUUGCAGAAUGCGCUGGAUGGUCAAGGCGAGAAGACAGACUCGCUUCAGGCGCAACAACAACUACAAAACCAACAGAGCCUUGAUUUAAUAUCCGAGAAGCUCAGCCAAUUCGAGCGUCAACAGAGUGACCUGCAGGCCAAGUUACAGUGUCUCCAAAAUCAGAAUCAGAUAUUAGACAAGGUGGCGCAGUUUCAACAUCAGCAGAGCGAUCUGCAAGUGCGCCUGCAGACCUUGCAGAAUCAGGGUCAACUGAACGACAAGAGCCACAAGAUGCCCGCUGAUUUCGCGCAGCUGCCGAUCGCCAGCGACACUCAUCAGAUUCAGGCUAGCCCUCUUCCCAAUCAUCAGGAACAACCGUCGGAUAAAAGCUGCCCGGCGCACAAUCACCAGCCAAUGCACGGCCUCCACCAGACGCUCCUGACUACUUCGUAUCCGCAAAAUACCGCCCUUCAGGCCUGUCAAUCGUCCGCGUGCGAGAAACUGACGCCCCGCGUACAGCACGACGCUUCCGACCCGAAUUCCAUUCAGAUACCGAACAUGUCGCAGAUGCCAUUACCGUGCCUGCCGCAAUUCGAUCGCGCCGACGCGUCGCGCACUUCGUUCUCCCAGUUUCACCGGCUGCAGUGCCAGAUCGAGGGUCACGAGGGUGCUUCAGCGACGAGUGCCGGCCUAGCCGCCAGCUCUUUCACGGGCACGCUGAAGAAGAUACCGCCGGAGAAGCCACCGAGGACGUCUUUGAUAGUGCAGUCGCCGGAAGCAGAGAGCAACCGCAGCCAGCCAGCCAUCGGAUUGAAGCAGACGCCGAAGGCGCGGCCAACCAUUUUCGGGACGGUGGCCUCGGACCUGAAUCCCAAGGACGGGAACAGCCGAAAGAGUUUACCGCAAACACCAGCCGGUGGUGCCGGUGGAAAAGCAGGGGCGAGCAGCACCGGUUCGGCCGCGGGGAUGGUCAAUGGUGCCGGUGCCGAUCAUGAGAACAUCCGCGACGGCGCUGGCAUUGACGCAGAACUUGCUUUGGUGUACCGAGACGGCAACCUCGUCUCGGGCUCUCUCGAGGCGUUGGUGCAGCACAUGGUACCUACGGAGGAAUAUUAUCCCGAUCGGGCAUACCUCUUCGCCUUUUUGCUGAGCGCCAGACUCUUCAUCAAGCCGCACGAGCUUCUGGGCGAGGUUUGCGCUCUCUGCGAGCAUCAGCAGAAUCUGAAUGGGGAGGGCGGUAAGGAGCGGCUGCAUCGCUUCGUGCCGCGGCUGGUGCAGCUGCUGGCGGAGUGGACGGAAACAUUCCCGUACGACUUCCGGGACGAGAGGGUGAUGGGUCACGUCAGGUCCAUCACGCAGAAAGUCGCUGCGGUCGACGCCGCGGCCAGGCAGGAAGUUUCGGCGCUGCUGCAAAACUUGCUGUUACGACUGACGGCCCUGGAAAGGUACGAGGAGGGCUUGGCCAGACUGGCGACCGAGGCAGCGACGGAGCAGCUUACACAGGUGGACGUCACCGAGCUAUGUCCAUCGGCCACUGUGUUGGCACAGCAGUUGACUCACGUGGAACUCGAGAGGCUUUCUUACAUCGGACCCGAGGAAUUCGUGCAAGCCUUCGCCAAAGAAUCGCCGCAUUUAGAAACCUCCUUCAAAGAUAUGAAGAAAACCCGAAAUCUCGAGUCGUACGUUCAGUGGUUCAACAGACUGAGCUACUUCGUAGCGACGGAAGUCUGCAAGCAUGCGAAGAAGAAACAACGCGUUCGUGUCGUCGAAUAUUGGAUCGAGACCGCCCGAGAAUGCUUCAACAUCGGCAACUUCAAUUCCCUGAUGGCGAUCAUCGCUGGCCUCAACAUGUCGCCGAUAUCUCGCCUGAAGAAGACGUGGUCGAAGGUGCAAUCCGCCAAGUUCUCGAUUUUGGAACAUCAGAUGGACCCGAGCAGCAAUUUCAGCAGCUAUCGCAGCACGUUGAAGGCCGCGAUGUGGCGUAGCGCUGGCGCUACAGACGAACGCCAGCGAAUCGUAGUGCCCUUCUUCAGCCUUCUCGUCAAGGACCUUUACUUCCUCAACGAGGGCUGCAGCAACAAACUGCCAAACGGUCACAUCAACUUCGAGAAGUUCUGGCAGCUGGCGAAGCAGGUGACCGAAUUCAUCGCGUGGAAACAAGUUGCCUGUCCGUUCGAGAAGAAUUCCCGCGUCAUUGCCUUCCUCCAGGCGAGCCCCGUGCUGACGGAAAACACACUUGCGCUAGCGUCUUUCGAGUGCGAGCCACCCGACAACAAUCCAGAGAAGGAACGUUACAAAGCUUUAAAGUCCGAGAUGAACGCCCAGUGAAAACGAGCUAUGCUGAAGCAUACCGAAUGGGAACGGUAUUGAUAUAUACAGAUCUAUGAAGAUACAUUUAUAAAUAUUAAUAUAUUCGUAAACGUAGUUAGAGUUUACCCGUGAACAAGACGACGGGGAGAGAAGAGUGAAUAGUGGGUGGAGGAGCAACAACGGACUAUAAAGUAUUAUGCGGGCGAUCCACGUGAGACACUUACGUGUGUCUCCAUCUUGCGAAUCGACACCAGGUCGAGAACGAUUCUUGGUGACGGCUUGCUGUCGAAAGAACGUCAUCUGAUCGAUCUGUACGGUCGUCGUUGCUUUUUCCAUCGCGUCUCCUUCAAUUAUUUGCCGCAGCUGCCGAUUGAUUCGCCAAACAAAUAAUUCCAAGAUUAUUUAUUGCGUCACAUUUUCAACUUUAAUCUCCACGAUCGAUCUCGUCUAAGGAUGUACUGCCUGUACAAUCCCUGCAGACAGCCACUGGAAAUCAGAAAUGCAUUAAUAUUUUCCACAUAAAAAUACAUAUAUUUAUAUAUGUAUAUAUUUAUUUAUUUAUAUUUAUUUUAUUUUAUAUUAUAUAUUUCUCAUAUAUAUACAUAAUACUUAUAUAUAUACUUUUAACUUCGAAUCACGAUAAAAUACUUUGUAUACAUAAUAUUAGAUAUUAAAAAAUACAUAUAGACAAAAAUUGAGAUUUUUGUAAUUAUUUUGUAUUGACUUUUUAAUUAUCUUUUCCUUAAUUAAAGGAUAGCAAUAUUAAAUACCUUUCUAACAGCAUGAGUCAAAUACUUUUGAUAUAAAAUAUCAUUAAUGAUGUAUUUACAGCGUCUCUAAUGUCAAUAAUACGUUAUAUAGACGUCACUAUAUCUGCUGUAGUUUACCCUUCAAAGUGCAGUAACUUUCGAUCCGAGCUCUGAAUCAACUUUCAGAUGCGAUACAGAGGAAUCUGUAAUUUUAUCCAAAUCUUCACACAUUAUUUCUGAGACACGAGCAGUACAUCCUUAACGAUUCGCCGUUUGCAAAACGUCACGUCAUCGUGGAAAAGCGGCAUUCGCGUACUUGGAUAAUAGUUGGGCGGAUUUUAUUCGCAACGAUUGGUCGUGGCUAAAAGGCAUGAUCAAUAAUAAUGAACCGAUGCGAACGAAGCACUCAUCGAUCGGCGAGAAUAUACAUGAUCGAUCGACGGCAUUCACGGGCACCGUAAACAUCAAAAGUCCGAGUACACACACACACACACACACGCACGCAUACGUACAUACACACACACACAAUGCACACAUGAUACACAGCCUCGACCAUCUCGAUGGCUCGGGAACCUUCACGGUCAACGUGGCCUGCGGCGCGACUGUGAAUUUCGCUCGACAAUGCCACGUGUAGCCGUAAGUAUAGUUCCUAAGCUCCUCGCGUGACCCGUCGGUGGCUUCUCCCUCGAGCGAGAAAAGAGCCAGCAGCAAAGAGAGAGGAAUCGCCGACUCCGCUCGCACGAAUUUUCCGCGCGAACCUCCGGAAAGAUUCGCAGUGAGCGCGGCUCGAGUGAGACGCGAUCCGGCGCGUCCGACCUUUUUUGUACAUAGCCCUUUUGAUAUAACGCUAACGCAGGCUCUUAGAUGUGAGAAGUAGGGUCGUUCCUGUAGAGUAAUAAGACGAAACAACAAACGCCCGCGCGAUACCAGUUCGCGGCUCUAGAUCGUAACGAUUAAUCAUAAUAAUAACAGUAAGGAUCGUCGUGCACGUACUUAAGCGGACGAGGAAGAGGACGAUCGAUCGAGGCGAGGAAGAUCGAAAGUCGAAAGUCUCGGCUCGAAAACGACACGGCUCUCUCUACCCCUCUCUCUCUCUUUCUCUCUCUAUCUUUCCCCUCCCCCUCCCUUCCUCUCACCGCCGUGGGAAAGCUCGUCCUUCACGCGUUCUCCGACGUGUCGAUCGCCACGAUCGAUGACAGUCGCAUGCCGUGACUUUCUUUUCAGUUUCUUUGCUGUGUGACGCACGUAAAAAACAAAAAAGAGAAAAAGAGAAAACGCACGGUUCGUAAAAAUCGCGCGCGGCAUAAACGAUCGACCAGGGUGAUUCGAUUCGCGGCACGGCGCGCGCCGCGCGUGUUUUCUCGCGGAAAUUCGGACGGCGCGGCGGGCGAAACGGCCGGGAGAAAUAUGCCCCGAGCAAUUUUCAUUAAAAAAAAAGCGGCGUCGCGCCGCUGUGCAAAUUAUUCUCGCGGCGCGAGCGUAUCCGGGAAGGCUCGCGAAAAUUACGUGCUCGCGCGCGAGUUUUCUCGUCAAUAUUUGUCGGCGCAAUUCGAUUGAGGGGAUGCCAAAAUCGAUGACAAACUCCAAAAAUGCUGGUAACGAUCGUCAUCGACACAAUCGCGCUGUCUAUUUCGUAUUUCUUGCACAUAUAGUUCUUACGUAAACGCAUGUUGCUUUUUUUCACCAUAUUUAGCCUAAUCACGCGUAUACAGAGAUCAUACUGCAAACUUUUCCAAUAUUUUCAAACUUCUAAAUUCGGAUGUAAAGCAAUAUUUUUCGAAAUUUUUCUAAGUAGAACAAACUCGCGUUUGGUACACAGAAAAAAUGGAAUUCUUCUCUAGAAAAUAUCUUUGUUUUUUACAAUAAACGUUUGUUUAAAUGUUUGUUCAAACGAGAUUAUAUAACAUUAAACAAAGAUAAGUUACACUCAAGAGUAUAUUUUAUAUAACAAAUAUAUUUUUUUCAACGAAAAAAAUUAGUGCUCUUAUCAUUCAAGAAUAAUUUUUAUCCAUUGAAAACACAAAAUAUUCGAUUGAGAAUAUAAUGGUUUUAAACGUGUUAUACCGCAAAUUCCUCUAUCUUAAAAAUAAUAUAUUCAAAUUAACAAACAUUUUUUUAUACAUAAGUAACAACAUAUAAUUUUGUUAGAAGAAUUUUAAAGUAUCGAAUUUCAAUAAUGAUUCAAUAAUUUCAUAAUUUUAUUUGAAUAUUAUGAAUAAUCCCAUAAGAAUACUAAAAAAUACCGUAUGUCUAAUUUGAUAAUAAAAUGAUAUCUAUCUCCCGACGUUUGAAAAAUAUUAUCAUCUUCUCCAUCUAAUAUUUUGUGCUUUCCAUCAAUAAAAAUUAUUUUUGAAUGAUAAGAGGAUACAGAUUUUUCUCCGUUCAAUUAUAUAGAAUGUAUUCUUGCGAGUAACUGAUCUUCGUUGAGUGCUACGUAAUCUCAUUUGAGAAUUAAAACAAAUGUAACAAAUGAGAAUAUUUUCCAAACAAGAAUUCGUCCAUUUCUUUUUGUGUAUAUGUAAGCUACUAAUAUUUUGUAUCAGGCAAAUAUUGACUUCAACUGAUAGCGUUUAACAGGCUACCUUGCACUCGAAAUGUCGACUUUGAAAUUUUUUGUCGUUUUUGUCGUAUAUUGAGCGAUGCAAUUCAUUCCCGUGCAUUAUUCUUAUUGUGCAAGAGCAUUUGCAAUUCUAUGCAGCUAAAGCGACGUAAAUUCUACAGAAAGAAGUCAGUCUAUCGAGAAAGAUUUCGAUUCCAGUAUCCCCUUAAUAACGAACGAUCUAUCGUAAUGUCGCGACGAAUUUCCCGUUGAAAUAUAUUGGCCACUCAACUCUCGCAGAGACAUUCGGGCGACGGAAAAAAGAGAGGGCGAAAUUAUCGUCGAUGAUUGGUGAAGCCCGACUUACGCCGGAGAUGAAUUGGUCUGUUAAUUAGCGUUAAUAAAACGUAAAUGUAGGGUGCCGUGCCUUCCGUCAAACAUAGUCGAGAUGUAAUUAAAACGCAAAAUUUACAGAUUAUGAAAUGUUGCGAUUAUGUCGAGCUCUGUGUAUCCCUCGAAACGGAGCGCAUUCUUGACGCGUGCGUCACUAUUUUCCGCGUGAUCACACGCGUUUCGCCGUGAUCAAAAAAGAGAAAAAUUAAAAAAUUAAACCGACGUCUCCGCAAAAAGAGAGGAAAAAUAGAAAAAAGAGAAGCCGAAAGAACACGAAUCCACCAAACGCGACACGUCAGGACAGAUCAGCCGUUUUCCUUUCGCAUUUCGGCAAAAAUUCCCUUUUGCCCGGAUGAAUCCAAGAAAAGCAGACACAUGUGUUUCUCCGAACAGUUAUAGGGACCAAGUGUUCGUUUCUCCCUGGGUAACGUGGACUUUGCCCAUGGCGCGACAAAAUAAUGCCGGGAAGUCGCGACGGCACGAUCGAGGGUGGGGAAAAGCAAAGCGCACUGUCGAAUUUCGCACAGUGGAGCCAGGACUUCGCGAGCUGAGAGAAAAAUCGCAUGCGAAAUCGGAAAACGCGCGCGCGCCCGAUCUCUCGUCUGAAACAGGCUGCGCUGAAACGCCAAGACAGCGAACGAGUUUCGCGAUUCUUUGAGGCGAUAAAAGUCACACAAGAGGCAAAACCUCCUCCAUUCCCCUUUUCCGUUCCGCCGGCGUCGCUCACUCAUUCCCAUUUUGAUCUUUAAUAAGAAUUCCAUAUCCGCUCUCGUUUCUCCACGCGGUCGGCGGGACGAUCGAUAACGAUAAUCGUCAGAAAUAGUCGGUCGCGAUUUCCUCUCGCUGACGAGAAUACUUCUCGUUGCAUUUUUCACCGCGUUGCCGAGGAGGUGGAAACGAUCUCGCCGCGGUUUCACGCGUAUAAGUAUAUAUACAUAUAUAUACAGAGUGUCUGAAUAUUCAAAGGCCGCACACACACACACACACACACACACACACACACACACACACACACACACACACGCACACAGAAAGAUAUCAUUCUACUGGUAAGAAAAGCGAUUACAGUGUAUUUUCUUUCUUGUCAGUAAUGGUUAUCUUCAAAACAAACAAGAUUUUCUUGGUAAUGGUCUUAAAAUAUGCUCAUUACGAAUUUUAAAAAAGUUCAUUGUCAUAUAGUCAAAGGAAGAAUUUAUUCUCUUUACAAGAAUAUUAGACUUUACAAGAAUAUUAGACUUUUUCUCGAAAAAGUAGUUACUUUGACUCUAUAUAAUAAGCAAGCCAAAUUUUUGUUCAAAUCAUGUGAAUUUGCAUUAUAUAUAUCUAAAAGAAAUAUUUAUUCUCUUUACAGGAAUAUUACGAAACUUUAUUUAGAAAAAGUUAAUUCGACUUUAUGCAAUAAGCAAACUGAAUUUUUGCUCAAAUCAUGUGAAUUUACAUAAUGUACUGAAAAGAAAAAUUUAUUCUAUUUACAGGAAUGUUACAAAACUUUGUUGAAAAAAAGUUGGUCUAUACAUAAUAAGCAAAUCGAACUUUUACUUCAAUUUAAUAUUCUUGAUUGAAAUACUAAACUUGUUAGAAUAUCUCUUGAAUAAAUUUGCUAUUUAUCAUGAACUUGUGAUACAUUUGCGAAUAUGUAAACUUAUAAAAUAUUUGAAACAAGUGAUAUUUACUUGAAUGUAAUUGUAUCACUAAUGUAUACUUAAUAUACACUUUCCUGUGUGCACCCCUCGUGUACAGACAGAGCGGUUCAAACUGAACAGCUCGUAUUGCUCGAUUAAUUCCUUAAUGAAUAUUGCAAAAAAUUUGCAAAACAGUACACGAACUUCUUCGUUCAGUUUGAACCGUUGUACCUGCACAUGACGGGCGUGUCCUGAAUUUUCGCGGACAUAAUACAUAUAUGUAUACAUUAUACUUUCCUCGCGACACUUGCAUUUUAAAUCGCUCGCAUUUUUCUCUCGGUGAAUGAAGUAAACGGCGGAAGUAAGCGAAGACACACGAGAUGCACUUAGCACGAGGUGUACAGAAAGAGAAAUAAAAAGAUCGCGCAACAAAGAAAGUAUAAUUUAUCGAUCGAAGGGACAAAUUACGCGAGCUCUGGUCGCGAAUCAGGUCGUCGUGAAGAAUGCUCACCUCGAUGUAUCGCUGAGACGCGUAUUUAUCGUCCCGUUUCUCCGCCCACGAGCUCGGCCGGGAUCGGUCUCGGGAGACGCGAUACGAUACAGCGCGAUAGGUGAAUCCUGAGAGUCAAUUCGAUAUAUUCGUCUGUAAUCGCGAUGCAUGACGCGUAAAGCGGUAAACUACGCCUCUCGAGACUGCGGCUCAAGUGACGACUGUAAAUACGGGUCUGAGGUAAAUCGAUUGAUAAUCGCCAAUCAUCACGCACGAUGUCAUUGUCGAAUUGCGAUUACCGAUUAUGUUUCUUCGACAUCACACACACACGCACAAAUACACACACACACACACACGAGCGAUAUAUCUUCAUUGCGUAUCUUGUUACAUAUAUUUAUCGUCGGAAACACCUGAAUUAUUGAGUCGUCUUUUCAUUGUCUUACCCACUAAAUUUCUCGCAGCGGGAUCUCUCACGCAGAACCAGUGAGGCGUGUCAGUAUUUUCACUUGAAGCGAUAGCGAGAAGAGAAUACUUGCACUCGAAAUCGCAAGGGUGAGGAUUUCACUCCAGCUUACAGUGAAUUCUGAAUCCGCAUGAGCGGUUGUGAGCUUAGAGUGAAUUCUGAUUCCGUAUGAGUGGAUGUUUCGAUUAGAGUACCCAAGUAGUCAAGGAACAUUAGAUCAACAAUAUAAAAUAUCGAUUUUACGUGUAUCUCUUCAAAAUUCUCGCUUAAUAGCUUACAAAUAUUUCAAAGAUAUUGUCAGACAAUAUGAUCUCUUUGAAUAUCGCGAAAAUGUUCCAGAAAUAUUGAUGUGCCAAAAUGAUUCAUAAUGAUGUCAAUUGAAAACUACGUAUUCAGUAACGUUACACACUCUUGAAUAUCGUUGCAAUAACGUUCUAUCAGUGACUUUUGGCUUACCGAAUGUGUUUCUGUGAUUGUGUGAGGUACAUCAGUCUCACUCUUCAAUUUUGCAUAAAAAUAUUCACCUGACGGAUCAGAAUGGAGAAUUCCGUGUGAGUGAAAAAUCACUUAAAUUCGAGCGACUCGUCCCACUUUUCAAGCGAAAUUUCGCUCCGAGAAAUUCAGAGAUAUUCAAUUCGUAUAUACGCCACGUAUGUACUUGAACGGACACUUUUCAUUUAUAUAUAAGAGAUGUUUUUGGAGUUUUAUACAGGAGUAUAAUAUAUAUCGAAAUAAAAGAAAAAAACACAAGAAAUCGUAGACGUUAGACGACGAGGAAGAAAAGAGGACACACGAGCACGCGCCGAAACUCGUUGUUAUUGCGAGGCAACGCAUCUUUUUAACACUUUUACAAAUUUACAAAGUGCCGAUAUUAUAAUCCGUCAGUUUUUACUUGCCAUUUUGUAAGCAUUUGAUAACGACACUUUCGUCCAAUAUAUUGAUUCGAUCGCCAUCGAUUAAUACACUAACGAGCGAGAUCUGGUUGCGCCACGAGCUCGUGACAAUUUUCCGUAAGAAAUAAGAGAAAAAAAAGAAGAUAAAAGUAGUACGUAAACCAAGCCGACGAUUGCGCGUGCACGUUAUCGUAAAAAUCAAUGAUUAACAGUAAGGCUAAUUACGCUGUACCAUCUUAAGCGGCGCGCGUGUUACAUUGUCAAUAUUCGUAGCGUUACGUCGUGAUCGUGUACGAUCAUUAUCCGUGUUCAUGAAUUCUUAUCCCCUCUCUCUCUCUCUCUCUCUCUCUCUCUCUCUCUCUCUCU